CCCAAAAACACCCCUAACUCCUGAAGUAAAUGGUGGAGUGGGGCGGGGGAUGCCGACGCUGACGGUGACGGUGACGGUGACGGUGAUGGCGGUUUAUAAAGAAAGCACUACCAACUGAUACGCCACCUCUCCCUCUCCCUCUCCUUCACAGUUCACACUGUUGACGUGCUCCUCGUUUCUCCUCCAUUUCCUAUCCCUUCCCACACCUUCAAGACUUCUUUCCUCCCAUCCCCGUAUCUAUUCCUUCACAUUCUCACUCUUAGUAUUUCAGUUCUAAUCCAUGGCCAUGGGAGCCCCAUUUUUGGUGUAUGUAAAGGUCCGCCGUUUGAGAUCAGUUGUGGUGCUCAGCAUAUGAGCCAUGGCGCUUUCUGCCUCUUUUUCCCUACCUUCUUCUCAUCACUUCUCUCAGUUAUUCUAUUCUGAUCUCAAAUUGAAGCAUAAGAGAUUAGGAUUUCUGAAGCCACAAAGAAGAAAAUUUCAGUACUUGUGGAUUGUCAAAUCGGUGUUAGACAGCAGGAUAUCAUCGAGCAUUAGGGACAAUGGGGCAACUGAACCAGCCAGAGUUCUUCUGGAGAGGCUGUUUGCUCAAACACAGAAACUUGAGGAACAUAUAGGGAGAGAUCCUCGUUCAUCGCAUGCUGCUGAGCUGGGUGUGAAUCUUGGGAAGCUGGAAUCUGAUCUUCAUGCUGCCCUGGCAGCCUUGAAGAAGAAGGAAGAAGAUCUGCAAGCUGCAGAGAGGAAAGUAUUGUCGGAGUACAAUGAAAUUAAUCGUGCCAGGAAGGACUUGGAGCAACGAGAAGGAGACAUAAUAGCUGCUAGAAUUAAACAGGAAACACUAGAAGAGGAGCUAAGACAGGCCAAUAUAGACUUAGCAUCUCAAGCCACAGAAAUUGGGGAUCUUAAACUUCAUCUAAAGGAGAGGGAUCAGGAGAUAUCAGCCUGUCAAUCUGCACUCUCAGCCAAAGAAGAGGAAAUCAUAAAGAUGAAACAUGAAUUAAUGAAGAAGAGUGAAGAAACUGCCAAUGCUGAAGCAGAACUCAGAUCUAUGGCCAGGCUCUUGGAUGAAGCAAAUAAAAUUGUACAGAAGCAAGAAGUCGAGCUCCAGCAACUCCAGAGCGAAAUUCAUAAGAAAGAGGAUGAGCUAGAAAUUUCCAUCAGCAUGCAGAAAAGUGAAGCUGAGAAAUUGAAACUUGCUGAAGCAAAGUUGGAGAAGCAAACGAUGGAUUGGCUAGUGGCGCAAAAAGAACUGAAGAAGCUGGCAGAGGAAACAUCUAGCCAUGUUGGGAAAGCAAAUGAAACUCUGGAGGAGUUUGGAAGAGUAAAGAAGCUUCUUUCAGAUGUGAGAUCUGAGCUGGUUUCAUCUCAGAAAGCAUUGGCUUCUUCUAGACAGAAAAUGGAAGGUCAAGAUCAGCUGUUGGAAAGGCAGCUUACAGAACUUGAAGAGCAAAGGAGGAGUGUUAUGUCUUACAUGAAGAGUCUGAGAGAUGCUGAAGUAGAAGUGGAGAGUGAGAGAGUGAAACUAAAGGUUGCUGAAGCUCGAAACAAGGAGCUCGAAAGGGAUUUAUCCAUGGAGAAAGAGCUUAUUGGUGAGUUACAGAAUGAAUUAGAAAAAGAGAAAUCAUCCUUGGAAGAAGCAAUUCAGGAGAUUUUGGCUCUGCAGAAGGAGAUAGAUGAUAAGAGUGCUGCAUUUGAACAAACAGAGACUCUUCUCAAGGCUAAAGAGUCAGAAUUGGUGGAAGCAAGGCUAGAGAUCCAGCAAUUAAGAUCUGGACGUGCUUCCCUUCAACUUGUAUUGGAAGAGAAGAACUUGGAACUCUCAGAUGCAAAAAAGAUGUUGGAGGAAGUAAAUCAGGAGAUUGCUGAACUAAAUGGAAUUUUGUUCAGCAGAGAAGAUGAGCUUCAUCAAGCAAUGUCCAUGCUAAAGGAGAAGGAUGAACAUUCCCAAACUAUGCAACAUGAACUAAGCAAUGCAAAAUUAAGAUUCGCAGAAGCCGAGACAGUGGUGGAAAAAAUUGUAGAUCUCACUAAGGAAGUGGUUCUAUCAUUUAAUCAGGAAGGCUGUUCUGCACUGAGCCCAUUUGAACAGAACAAUGUCAGAUUGCCGCCUCCAUUACUAUAUGGUCCAGCUGAUGGUUUUAAGUGGCAGAAAAAACAGCUUGAAGCUGAACUUGAGUUUACCCGACAAAGCCUGAGAGCAAAGGAAAUGGAAAUUCUUGCAGCACAGAAGGCUCUCACCAUUAAAGAUGAGGAGCUAAAAAUGGUCCUCCAAAAAUUGGAUGCUAGAGAAAAGGAAAUAACAGAACUUAAGAGAGAUAUGAUGCGAGAUAAAGAUGAUCUCAGAAAACUUAAUGCUUUGGCACAGGAAAGAAUUGGUGAAAGGAGUGUUGGUGACCUUGCAAUUGAGAAACUCCAACUAGAAGCAGCUCAACUGGAAGUUGAAGCUGCAACAAGUGCUCUACAAAAGAUCACAGAGAUGAGUCGGGAGCUUCUGAACGAAGCUGGUUUGACCAUUGAGGCUGAUGACACUAGCCUUUUUGAGCAGAAUGGCUCUGAGGCUAGGAUAAAUGCAAUCACUGACAAUGAAUGUUCUGGAGAAGUUAAAUCAGAACUGUCCCGACUUCUGACUUUGACUGAGCAGCUUGUCAAAGAAGCGGGUAUUGCGGGUGAAACAAGCCAGUAAAACAGUUUUAGAAUUUCUCAACUUUAUAGAGAUGUAGGCAUCUAACCAAUUGUGUAAUCUAGUUGAUGCGAAGUUGGAUAUAUCUACUCCUGCAUUCUGGGAUUUAAAGUUCCUGGGAGGCAUUAUGUGAGGUGGUUGGUUCGGUUGUUUUUCGCUGUUGUUUGUUCAAAGGAAUGUUAAUAAGGCAGAAUUUGUUUGCUUUCUUUUC